CUUUAAGGCGCUCCUGUGGACCUGCGCGCUGAGCGGACGCGCCAUCCCUCCGACCUUAUCCGCUAUUGCAGCCAUUAAAUCCAAGCAAAAGUUAUUUUUAAAAAAACACUCCUCUCCGUCACCACUGCCUUUCUCUGCGUCUUCCCCGUUACCGCUUUGCACGGUCACCGUGCAAAGACUUGCAGAAGAGCCAUGGCGCACUAUGGGUUUAUUUUAACGGCUCUUUUCUUUUGUUCGGCGGGUUCAGAACUGUUGGCUCAGGACAAAAAUAAAUUCAGAGAAUGCCCUGUGGACCUGUUCUUUGUGUUGGACACAUCAGAGAGUGUGGCCCUCCGAGGAGUCGCACACUAUUAUUUCAACAAGAUCAAAGAAUUUGCCAUACGCUUCAUUGAUGAACUGAAGGAAACUCGCCAGUCAUGUGACCGGUAUACAUCAUGGAAUUCUGGAGCUUUGCACUACAGUGAUGAAGUGGAAGUGGUAAAAGGCCUGGUGGAAAUGACGUCAGGUGGUCGCAGUGCACUUAAAAAAGCCAUAGAAAACAUUAAAUAUAUCGGCAAGGGGACAUACACCGACUGUGCCAUCAAACAGGGUGUUGCAGAGCUGCUUAUAGGUGGCUCUUACUAUAAUGAGAAUAAGUACAUUGUGGUUGUGACGGACGGUCACCCUGUCAGUGGUUAUAAAGAGCCGUGUGGAGGGAUUCAAGAAGCAGCAAGCGAGGCCAGGCAGCAUGGCAUUAAAGUGUUUUCUGUGGCCAUCUCCCCAGACCAGGAGGAGUCCAGAUUGUCUGUCAUUGCCACAGACUUUACUUACAGGCAGAACUUCACUGCUGUGGAUAACACCAGUGACCUACAUAUGAACACAAUCCGCACUAUCAUCGAAAUGAUUAACAAUGAAACAAACGAUGUGUGUUGCUCCUUUGACUGCAUUGCACCCAACGGUAGACCUGGCCCACCUGGUGACCCAGGAAACAAGGGGGAGCCUGGUAGACAAGGGCUGCCGGGAGAAAAAGGAGAACCUGGACUACCGGGAAGACGAGGUGAUCAAGGUCCAGUUGGUUAUCAAGGCAUGAAGGGAGACCAAGGAGAAAGAGGAUAUAAGGGAGAAAGAGGCCACAAGGGAUACAAGGGUGAGAAAGGACAUCCAGGAAGAGAUGGAACUGAUGGGCGUAAGGGUGAGCCAGGAUUUGAUGGUCUACAAGGUUGCAAAGGGUCGCCUGGGCAGGAUGGUUUGCCAGGAGAUCCAGGCCCAAAAGGAGACCCCGGUCCUUAUGGACAAAAAGGAGACAAAGGAGAGUCUGGAGCAGACGGUGGAGCAGGGAGACCUGGUAACUAUGGAGCCCUUGGAGGCAAGGGUGACAGAGGACCAAGAGGAGCUGAUGGGGAUAAAGGAGAAAGAGGGGAUGAUGGACCACAAGGACCAGAUGGCGGGAAAGGCGAUAGAGGUUCACCAGGUGAAAAAGGUGAACAAGGUGCUCGUGGAAACAGAGGACCCAGAGGAGAGCCUGGUGAGCCAGGUCCUCGGGGUGAACCAGGACGUGAGGGAUCUGCUGGAGGAAAUGGUGAUCCAGGUGAAGCAGGAAAACCUGGGCCUCAAGGUUACCGUGGUGAUGAGGGUCCUCAAGGACAGGAAGGACCCAAAGGACCUAGAGGAAUCAAAGGCGCCCCAGGAGACAGAGGCCGUAUGGGAGAGAGGGGAGAAGACGGACCACCAGGAAACGGAACAGAGGGUUGCAAUGGUUUCCAGGGAUAUCCUGGUUCCAGGGGUGAUCCUGGAGAGCCUGGAAGCAGAGGAACACCAGGACCCAAAGGGGAUGACGGUCUACCUGGUGAACCUGGUUCAGAUAACGAUGACCCUGGAAAGCCUGGGCCUAAAGGACCAAAAGGACACAGAGGGCCUGAAGGAAAACCUGGACCUCCUGGACCGCCUGGACCGCCUGGAGUUGAUGACUGUGAGAUCCUGGAUAUCAUCAUGAAGAUGUGCUCUUGUUGUGAGACUAAGUGCGGACCCCUGAACAUUACCUUCGUUGUGGACAGCUCUGAGAGUAUCGGAGCUAACAAUUUUGCUAUUGCUAAGGACUUCAUUGUAGCUGUCAUCGACCGACUGAUCAGAGAUCAGCAAGUUAGAUUUGGCUUGGACGAGUCUCAUGUUGGUGUGGUGCAGUACAGUGGAGCAAAGGCUCAGGAGGUUGUAAAGUUUGGAGACCCUAACAUCCGGGACAUAACAGCACUAAAGCAAGCUAUUAAAGAAUUGCGUUGGUUGGCUGAAGCCACCUACACUGGAGAAGCCCUUGAGUUUUCAUGGAUGAACCUGAUCUACCGGCUUGGUGGUCCAGACCCCACCAACAGUAUAGUCCUGGUCCUGACCGAUGGCCGUUCAGAUACUUUAAAAGAUAAGGUGCCUCUUAACAUACUGUGUGGCAAAGGGCUCCAGGUGGUUGGUGUAGGUGUUGUAGACUACUCAGGUAAACAGCCCAAUAGCGAUCAGAUUGAAGACGUGAGCUGUGCAAGUGAUCCAAACAAACCAGGCAUCUCCUUUGUCCUUAACAACUUUGGCAUGCUUUUGGAUGAUACAUUCCUCAGAAACUUGACUGACAAGAUGUGUCAAGACAAGAAGGGCCCCAGUUACAUUUGUCCAAUUGUCUUUCAGGAGUCCACAGACAUCCUGAUUAUGAUGGAUAGCUCAGCUAGCGUGGGUGCCAGAAACUUUGAGUUGACCAAGAACUUCACAGAUAAGCUGGUAAAGCGCUUCCUGACUGCAGAGAAAAAAGAAAACAUCCAGGUCCAGGUUGCCGUUGGGCAGUACAGCGAUACAGCUAAGAUAGAAGCUAGAUUUUCUGACAAUUACACUGUAGUGGCUCCUCAGAUUGCAGAGGCCAAGUUUCAGAAUGCUGGCACACAGGUAACAGAGGCACUCACUUUUGCGAUAAACCAGUUCAGGGGAUCAGGAAACAGGAAGAAGAAGUUGCUGCUGUUUUCAGAUGGGCGCUCACAAGGCAUGACCCCUAGGCGAUUACAAGAGGCGGUAGCAGAACUAACCAGACAAGGCAUUGAGAUUUUUGUUCUGGCUGUUGAGAAUCAGCUGAAUCAAUACAACCUGCAAAUCUUGGCAAGUCGUGGACGGGUUGAUGACAACAUCUAUGCUUCCCGCCAUCUAAUCAGAGCUCCUAACUAUCAAUUCUUGGUUAGGGGAGUCUUUUACCAAACUGUGUCCCGGAAGAUUUCACUGGAUUAAUUAGGAAGGGCAUGUUGUGUCUUCUGAGUAAGCAGAAGCUGAUUGGGGAGUGAGAGGGUGAAUAACAAGGUAACAAGGUAACAAGUACAUAGGGGUGGGGCAAUAGAGCACAAGUAACUUUUUUUUUUUCAUUAAAUUGUGAUCCAUAUUUCAUUUUAAAUCAUGUAAGGUCUCUCUGAGUUAUAUAUGAGAGAUAUGUCAUUUAUAUAGCUUUGGAAGAGGGAUUGAGAAAGGGUGUAAUUUCACAGUCAUCAUUUAACAGCGUAUGCAUUUCCUAGAUGUUAGGAACGUUCAUGUAGAUCAGAUUUGUUUUUGAACACCUUUGUUUAUAGGACAGAAAAUGUUAGAUAUUCGUUAUUCAGAUCAUCAUCAUUAUCAUUUUCUCUAAAUAUGCGUGCUCAGAUUGUCUUUCUGAAGCCUGAUUAAAUCAAUUCCCUUCUGUAUCUCCUCCUUUGUAAUUUCAUUAAAAAUCACUUGAAUGUUAAAUUUGGUGCUACCAUUGUACACUCAGGCUCAUUUAAAUGCAAAAGAGAUUUUGAAUUUGUCAUAAUGCCUUGAAACCAAAGAUUUGCCAUAGGGCUUUUAACCAAAUGUUUUUACCACUGGGAAUGUGUACAAUUUUAUAUGUUAAAAAUGUAUUUUAAAUUAGUCAUGGGGAUGCUGUAGAGGGUUUUUCAAUAAAGAAUGCUUCACCCACUAAA